UUUCAAUUUAUGUUGUAAGCGAAUAGGGACAUUCGACAAUGAAACCUUAAAAACGUAAUGACACAAAUCCCGUAUUAAAUUCCUUAGACAAACAUGAACAAGAAGAGGUGAAAACAGGAAUAAUUGGACCAAGACUCCAUCGCGCCAAAUAUGGCAGAGGAGAAGAAAAAAGAUGGCAACGCACUUUUGGGGAAAAAGAAGAAAAUAAAGCCAAGGAAAUCAAGAGACGCUGAUUGCUGCAGUGUGAACUUCUUGAAAUGCGUACUUCAUAUCUUCAACGUAGUAUUUUUGUUCGCAGGCAUAGGCGUGCUAGCGGUAGGAGCAUGGACCGUGGCGUCUCGACACAGAUUCGUGGCGCUCCUCCCGACGCCGACUUAUCCAGCCAUAGCGUACCUCCUCAUCAUUGGAGGAGGGCUGGGCAUACCGCUAUGCGCUCUAGGCUGCUGCGGCCUCAAGACUGAAAACAGAACCAGUUUGUUAUGCUACACAUACUUCCUGCUGAUAACCUUCAUACUGGAGGCGGGAGCUGGUGGACUGGCCUACUACUACGAGGUGGCCGUGGAAGACGAGCUCAGGGCCGAGCUCAAUAACACCUUCCUAUCCAACUACGCGCUCGAUGCUAUCAUCACUGAUGCCGUAGACCUGAUGCAGACUGAGGUGGCCGUGGAAGGCGAGCUCAGGGCCGAGCUCAAUAACACGUUUCUAUCCAACUACGCGCUAGAUGCUAUCAUCACUGAUGCCGUAGACCUGAUGCAGACUGAGGUGGCCGUGGAAGGCGAGCUCAGGGCCGAGCUCAAUAACACCUUCCUAUCCAACUACGCGCUGGAUGCCAUCAUCACUGAUGCCGUAGACCUGAUGCAGACUGAGCACAACUAUUACUACGAGGUGGCCGUGGAAGGCGAGCUCAGGGCCGAGCUCAAUAACACGUUUCUAUCCAACUACGCGCUGGAUGCUAUCAUCACUGAUGCCGUAGACCUGAUGCAGACUGAGUUCAAAUGCUGCGGCGCGGUGCGUUACAACGACUGGCGGCGGAGCGCGUGGCACGAGCACGACCCGAGGCUGCUCGUGCCCGACUCGUGCUGCAAGACUGUGGCCACGCGCUGCGGUACUAGGGACCACCCUUCUAAUAUCUACUAUAUGGGCUGCAUACGCCACUUCACGAACCACAUACGAGACCACCUGAUCAUCUUAGCCGCAGUAGGCGUGGGUAUGUCAGUCAUACCUAUAUUCGGGUUCCUAUUCUCCUGCGUGCUCUAUGUGAAAAUCAAGCACGUGAUCGACUGACCUCGGCCCAAGCCGUCGGCCGGGAACCGCAAAGUGUUCGACAAGUCCGCGUCGGCCGGCGACUUGACCAAAUACCAGGCGCCCGUUCAUAGGAAUAAGCCCCGCCCACCUAGCAAGCGGGCCAAGCGACCGCCCUGCCCUCUACACCAUAAAGAAAAGGAGCACAUGGCGCCAAUUUCAACUAUUAGUGAUAACGUCAGCAUAUAAUAGCUAGGUUGGAAAUUCAGAGUUGGAUUUUCCGCGCGAUUACUUUUAGCUAUAAAAGAAUUGGAUGCGCGAGAAUUAUUGUGAGUUCUUGCUCUUGAGUUAGAUAUAAUUUGACGUUAUUUUGAACUAUAAUAAUUAUCUAUGAUUCCUACUGGGUAGUUGUUUAUGGUUCGAAUAACAACUCUCAGACUUGAAUUUAAAACUCAACUGUAAAUAAAUAAUUAAGUGAGAAGUAAUUGCAAUAGUAAUGCAAAUGGCGCCAAAUACCACCAGCUCACCGUGGGGCUACACAAGUGGACUCUUAAAUUACAUUAAAAAUAAUAAAUACCUAUCUAUAUUUUUGUGUCUGCACCUUCUUUCUUCGUUCGUUAUAUUAAUGUUUAAAUCACAAGUUAUAAAUCACAUUACUUUUCAAAACUUUCGUAUAAUCUUAUGUUCACUUUAUCCACAGUCUUCCUAUUCUCGCAGACAUAGCAUAUUUUAAAGAAAUCUCAAUAUCUCUAAAUAGAUCAUAAAUAUUAUGUAUAAUUUCAUGUGUUCAUGGUUACACUAUGUAUAGAAAAUAAAAUGUUCAUGUCUAGUUCGUAGCUAAGUAGUACAUGACCGAAUUUAUAUCAAAAUGUAUCUAAGUCAUACGUUUGAAAAUAAUAACUACGUUAGAAGAGUUGUUAGAAAUAUUUUAAGAUGGUGCUAUAUUUUGUUAACUGUACCGUAGGCCAUUGUGUACUUAACACCGUAGAGACAUCUAUUAAGGGUAGUUUAAGAAUUAACAAAAUGUGUCCGAACAUCCAUUUCAAUAGAAAAUAUCUAUGUUUACUUCCAGUGUAUGUAAUUUCACACCUUAAAUAUCGCUAAUAUUAACUUAUGAAUUCUGGCUGGCAUUUGAUCAUAAUUCAUCAUGAAAUGUAUAAAAAAAUACAAUCCAGUACCUACCUACAAAUAAAUAUAAAAAAAAAGUUUUUGAUAUUCGAAUAUCCAUCGGUAUCAACAUUCAUGGACACACUUUUUAGGUCAUAAAGUUGCCGAAGGCAAAAACAGGUGGCGUAUCAGUUCUAAAUUAUGUAAAUGUAACCAAAUGUUGUUAUCUUGAACUUAUGGCAUAAAAUACAAUGUUCAUUAUUCAUUGCACAAAAAGUUUACUCUGAUAAUUUACUCAUCCAGUAGCUAUCGAAUGAUACUAAAUAUUUACUUAUGAGUGUCAAGGUGCCCAUGCUGUCACUUGUUUAAAGGAAGAGGUGAAUACUAAAAUAAACAUUUACAUAAACUUGUAAUUUGGCGAGAGGCGGGUCAGGUCUUUAUAUUUGAGGUAUUUUAUCGAUAAAAUUGUCCAUAGAUUUAUAGUUUAGCUCUUAUAGUUUGAAUACGACUCUCCCGGACAUUGUAUACCACCAGCGGCUUCUACGGGGAAUGCCCGAAAAUGUCUAGUCUCGUACGUCACUACUCACUAUGUAAGCAGCGCACUAAAUAUUUCUUAAUGACCUUUUAUGUCCGGUGAUAAUUAAUUUAAUUAAGUACAUUGCAUUUUAUGCCAUUAAGCCUCAAGUCGUAGAAAUAAUUAAUGUGUGUUUAACAAAACUAUACCUAAGCUAUAUUGUGCCUUAUAAUUAUUAAGAUCGUAGGUUAAUGAAACGCUGCAAGUCUUAGCUUAAUAAAUUCUAUCGUUUAACUUUGUAGGGUUCCGUAUUUUAAAUUACUUCUACGUAAAAAAAACGCCUGUUUCUUAUUUAAUUAUGCUCCUACGUCCAUAAAAUCAAAUUAUGGGUAUACAUAAAUAAAUAUUCAUAGGUAUUCAUUAUUCGAACGACGUGGGUUUUUAAUUUUUAUGCUUUUACAGAAAAUUGGUUUUAUACAUAUUACCAGUUUGUCGUUUUUUAACUAAAAAGCGAACUUUGAGAGACCAAACUUACCUUUUUAGGGUUCCGUAGUCCUGACAAGGAACCCUUAUUUCAUUUCACUUUCAUAAUUUAAAAAUAUCAUAUUUAAAAUGUUUUGAUUAAUAAGUCUUAACAUACAAGGAAAAAUAACCAUUAUUGUGUUUUUAUUCCAUUUCUAUAAAAUAACAAUAAAAACCGGCCUUGAAUCGACCUUAGAAGUGGAUUCGUUCCGCUCAUUCCAUGAUUCUUUAUGUUUUAUUUGGGUGGGAACUACAAGUUCGUUGUGUCGUUGACUUUAAUUGUACCUACUCGUAUGUGUUGCUACUUGCUGUAAAAUUUAGUGUAGUUUUUUGUUACACGACAUAGCACUUAAAAUGGGGUUUUA